AACAAGCGCCAUAUCAAAAUACUUUAUUGCCUGGCCAGUCAACAAGCACGAUACUUGGUUAUAUUACCUGGAAUAUUUUCUAAUUUUGAGAAAUAACUAAAGAUGGGUCAGGCCUUGCGCAAGGCUAAAGAAGGGACCUCAGCAGCAGGAGGGGCAAGGGGAAAACUGGAAUACAACGCUGCUAAUGAAGAGCUGCUGAACAGCGUUGUGAAAUACGUGGAAAAUAUCAAAGAUCCAGAGGAACAGAAACUCAUCUUCAAGAAGCCAAUCAAGUGGGAAAGCAGCCUCCAGCCUUCUGAUUUUAAUGACGAUGCUUACGAGAAAAGUGGUGUUGAGUUGGUGUCAAAAGAAAGGACAGCUGAUGACCAGCCAUUAUUGCGCGUGCGACCGCGAGGAGAGAAAUAUGAGGUCAGCGCGAUGACUAUUGAACAAAUUCAGAUGGUCCUGAGAAUGGCAGGAGAUAAGAAACUAGCAGAGACCAGGGCUUGCUGCGAAGCCACUGAUGAUCCUUAUUCUGACAUGUUGGGAGAUGCCUUUGCUAUUGUACCUGGGAACGUAGAAGGUGGCGAAUACGACAAGUCUCGCUACAGGUUGAUGGAGGAAAUCAUGAAAGGUGGACCUGAGGAAGAGGUGGCAGAGAAGAAAACCACACUAAAGCUUCUGGAUCAUUUGUUUAGAUUUGACAAUGAACUUCUUAACAGGAGAUUACAGAUUAUGGAAAAGACUAUCCGCCUGAAUCCAUCAGAGGUUGAAGACGAUGUUCAUAAACUGAUGAAGUAUUGUGGAGAAGAUGAUGAAAAAUGUCUUCUGGAGGAGCUCAACUUUAUGCCUGAAUUCAGCACGCGUUUCUCCAAUGGCUGCCGUGCCCCUCCCUGGCGUCAAGUUCACGGAGAUAUCUGCUACUUGGAGGCUAAGGCCCAUGAUGUAGACCCAUACAUCUAUAUUACAGGAAGCACCAGUGGUUACUACAUUAAUGGGGGUGUGGACAAGGAGACACAAAGUCUUAACUUUGACAAGCAGGGAGAAAUGCACAAAGAUUUAAUAAGCCUGCUCAAAGAGAAGAGCCCCAAGUUUGCGGAAAUUGUUGACAAGCUGGAAUUUGUAAGUCAUCAUGACUUGAAGGAGAGUGGAAUAAUUGACACCACGGCAGAUCUGGACGCCACACCUCGGGAUGGAGAGAUGACCAACAGAGAACAGACACAGGUCAAAAGUCAACAACAAAAAGAAGAAACUAAGCAGGAAAAGACACAGAAAACUCAGAAAAAACAACAGCAGAAGUUGGAGCCUUCAUUAAAGUGGAGGAACCUGGGUCUAGAGGAGCAAAAAGAGCAACACGAAAAGAAGGAUAAACCAGAGAAGAGCAGAACCCCCAUAAAAAGAAAGACACAGCAAAGGAGAAACAAAACGCCCCUUGAUGCAGAAGACUCAUUCAGUGAGAGCUCCACAGAGAGCGAAGAGGAGGAAGAAACCCCAGAUCGCAGGAAUGAACCCAACUCUGAUCUGCCCUCAGAAUACUGGCAAAUACAGAAAUUGGUGAAAUAUCUCAAGGGAGGCAACCAGACAGCUACAAUCAUUGCACUGUGUGCCAUGAGGGAUUUCAACUUGACCCAGGAAACCUGUCAGCUUGCCAUCAGAGACGUGGGGGGACUGGAGGUCCUCAUUAAUCUCCUGGACACAGAGGAUAUCAAAUGCAAGAUUGGCUCCCUCAAGAUCCUGAAAGAAAUUUCCGGCAAUUCUCAAAUCCGUAGAGCUAUUGCUGAUCUGGGUGGUUUGCAGACCAUGGUUAAUAUACUGCAGGACCCGAACAAAGAGCUGAAAUGUCUGGCUGCAGGCACCAUUGCUAAUGUGGCCAAGUUCCGCAGGGCAAGACGUACAGUCAGGCAGCAUGGGGGCAUCAAACGCUUGGUGGGUCUCCUGGACUGUGCUCCCCUGGGCACUGUGAUGUCCAGCCAACAGGAAGAGGAUGUGGAGGUGGCCCGCUGUGGCGCCCUCGCCCUGUGGAGCUGCAGUAAGAGCACCAAGAACAAGCAGGCCAUGAGGAAGGCGGGGGUGAUCCCGCUCCUGGCGCAACUCCUCAAGUCUCCGCACGAGAACAUGUGCAUCCCAGUGGUUGGUACUCUGCAGGAGUGUGCUUCAGAGCCAAGCUACAGAUUGGCUAUUCGUACUGAAGGAAUGGUGGAAGAUCUGGUGAAGAAUCUGAACAGUGAGAACCAGGAGCUACAGAUGCAUUGUGCAAGUGCAAUCUUUAAGUGUGCAGAGGACAAGGAAACCAGAGAUUUAGUGAGGCAAUAUGGAGGUCUAGACCCCCUUGUGAAAUUGCUCCAGAGCACAGAAAACAAAGAACUCCUGGCAGCAGCCACUGGCGCCAUCUGGAAAUGUGCCAUCAGCGAUGAAAAUGUCCUGCGUUUCCAAGAACUGAAAACAACUGACUACCUGGUUGCUUUAUUGAAUGAUCAACCAGAAGAGGUAUUAGUAAAUGUGGUAGGUGCAUUGGGAGAGUGUGCCAAGGAUCCUCCAAACAGAAUGGCCAUUCGUAAAGCUGGUGGCAUCCCACCACUGGUCAACCUGCUCACUGGAACCAAUCAGAAGCUACUUGUCAAUGUCACCAAGGCAGUUGGGCAAUGUGCCGAAGAGUCAGACAACAUGGCGAUCAUUGACAAGUUAGAUGGAGUGCGCUUACUCUGGUCAUUACUGAAGAACCCCAAUCCAGAGGUCCAAGCCAGUGCGGCCUGGGCAAUAUGUCCCUGUAUAGAAAAUGCAAAGGAUGCUGGGGAGAUGGUGAGGUCUUUUGUGGGUGGCCUGGAGCUUAUUGUCAGCCUGCUGAAGUCAGAAGACAAGGAGGUCCUGGCCAGUGUGUGUGCCGCCAUUGCUAAUAUUGCCAAAGACGAAGAAAACUUAGCUGUGAUAACUGACCAUGGUGUGGUGCCCAUGUUAGCAAAACUGACAGAAACAGUUGAUGACAGACUUAGACAACACUUAGCAGAGGCCAUUGCCAGAUGUUGCAGUUGGGGCAACAACAGGGUGGCCUUUGGCACGGCGAAUGCUGUGGCCCCUCUGGUCAAGUAUCUCAAGUCCAAACAGGUGGCCGUCCACCGUUCCACUGCAAAAGCUCUCUUCCAGCUCUCCAAGGACCCGGAUAACUGUAUAACCAUGCACAAUGCUGGAGUGGUCAAGUGUCUUAUAGAAAUGGUUGGCUCUGAUGACACAGUAUUACAAGAGGCAGCAGCAGGUUGCAUAGGGAACAUUAGAAGACUGGCCUUGGCUAAUGAAAAAGCUAAGCACACUUGAUAUGAGAAAGAAUGGGGGAAAAAAACAAAAACGAGAAACCAUGGAGGAAAAUUUAGUUUGUGACAGUUUAUUUUAACGGCACCCCCUCAUUUCCAGCUCUGAGCAUAAUGGCACCUAUUUAUUGAUCUGUGCAGCAUUGUGGAUUCCAUUAUCACAUUUUUAUCAGGAGAGGCAAUCAUGAACUGAUAGUGAUGGUGGACAUUGCUCUUCAUGAAAACAAUAAGCUAUCCUUGUAACCUUUAGAACAUUAGUCCUUCACCUGCUGAGAUUUUUUUAAAUCAUGUUGUGCAUAAUUUUGAUACCA